AUUAUCCAUUUCAAAUAAUAAAUCCAUGAUGAAAUAAAAAAAAAUCAGUGACAAAAAUAGUUUUUAGUUUAUCUACAUGGAUUUAAAAGAGGUCCAUUGGGUUCCUUCUGGUUUAUCCAUUCAUUACUAAAGACGAGAGGAAGACUGAACGGAAGUCUGGAGUUGUGAGAGUGAGAGAUUGGCUACUUACAUUGUGAGACUGAACGGAAGUCUUUAUAAGAACACUAGGAGACAGCAGCUUUUUCUCAUGCUUUCGCGUUCGCUUUCGCUUUCGCUUUCGAACAUGAUGAUGCGGAAAAGCACUUUCGUAGCUUCUGCUUCUUGUGCUUUUCAGCUUCUUCAACAACAACAAAUGGAAACGGGUACUUUUCCUAAAUUCCGUUCUUUCUUAUUCUUCAUUCACCAGCACUUCACUACUUCUACAGCCUCUACCACCAACAUUAGCCCUUCCUCCAUAACAAAUGGUGGGUUUUGUAGUAACUAUAACAAUCUUCAUAGUGUUGCCGAUGCCGUUGCUUCUUUCAAUCAGUUGCUUGGCAUUCGUCCAUUGCCACCCGUUGUGGUGUUUAACAAGUUAUUAGGGUCCCUUGUGAAAAAGAAACAUUACUCAACUGUAAUUUCCCUCUGCAAACAAAUGGAUUUGUCAAAUAUCAGACCUAAUGUUUAUACUCUUACCAUUUUGAUUAACUGCCUCUGCCACUCCAACCGUGAUCAUGUUCACUUUGCUUUCUCUGCUCUGGGUAAAAUGUUCAAACUUGGUCUUCAACCUACUCAUGUCACUUUCGGCACCCUCCUUAACGGCCUUUGCUCUAAGGCCAAAAUCAUCGAUGCUGUAAAAUUAUUUGAUGAGAUGGGAAAGAUGGGUUUUGCACCUAGUUUGAUUACUUAUACUACUAUAAUUAAAGGUUUAUGCAAAAUCGGCCACACGACCAAUGCACUUCAGUUGCUCAAGAAGAUGGAAGAAAAAGGUUGUAAGCCAGAUGUGGUGGCAUAUAACACAGUCAUAGAUAGCCUUUGUAAAGAUAGACGGGCCAAUGAAGCCAUGUACUUCUUUUCUGAAAUGGUGGAUCAGGGCAUUCCACCAAAUGUUGUUACCUACAGCUCAAUUCUGCACGGUUUUUGCAAUUUGGGUCAGUUGAAUGAAGCAACAAGCUUGUUCAAACAAAUGAUUGGAAGGAAUGUUAUGCCAAAUACGGUGACAUUCACUAUUUUGGUUGAUGGACUCUGCAAAGAAGGGAUGAUUUUAGAAGCUCGGCGUGUCUUUGAAAUGAUGACUGAAAACGGUGUAGAACCAGAUGCUUACACUUACAGUGCUUUGAUGGACGGAUACUGUUUACAAAGCCAAAUGGAUGAGGCCCAAAAAUUGUUCGACAUCAUGGUUGGCAAGGGUUUUGCACCUAGUGUUCGAGUUUACAACAUACUAAUCAAUGGGCACUGUAAGAGUAGAAGGCUGAAUGAGGCGAAAACACUCCUUUCUGAAAUGUAUGACAGAGAUUUGACUCCCGAUACUGUCACUUACAGUACUCUUAUGCAAGGUUUUUGCCAAGCAGGGAGACCUCAGGUUGCACAGAAGCUUUUUAAGGAGAUGUGUUCUUAUGGCCUGCUUCCAGAUUCGAUUACUUAUUCGAUUUUGCUAGAUGGCUUAUGCAAACAUGGACAUUUGGAUGAGGCAUUCAGACUGCUCAAGGCAAUGCAGGAGAGCAAGAUAGAGCCGCAUAUUUGCAUUUAUAAUAUCCUUAUUCAAGGGAUGUGCAAUUUUGGCAAGCUUGAAGCUGCAAGGGAACUGUUCUCCAAUCUUUUUGUUAAAGGAAUACAACCUACUGUGGUUACAUAUACUGUCAUGAUCAGUGGACUUUUGAAAGAAGGACUAUCAAAUGAAGCAUGUGAGAUGUUUAGGAAAAUGGUAGUUAAUGGCUGCUUGCCGAAUAGUUGCACUUAUAACGUUGCAAUCCAAGGAUUUCUUCGGAACGGUGACCCAUCAAAUGCAGUGCGACUAAUUGAAGAAAUGGUUGGUAGAGGAUUCUCUGCAGAUUCGUCUACAUUUCAGAUGUUAUUGGAUUUGGAAUCCAAUGAUGAAAUCAUAAGUCGAUUUAUGCGUCGAAGCUCUUAAGCCAUGUCCGCACCAGGUUAUGCUGGAGCUGAUUUGUGGAGUGAAUUGCUUACCACAGAGAGUGAUAUAUCCAGAGAGCAGAUUUCAAACAUAUGCAGCAGUUGUGGAAGCUACUUGGUUGCCAUCACCAUGGCUGAUUUGAGAUUUUCCAGAGCUGCACGCAUCCGUUUGAAGUUUUGUUUUGAACUACAAUCAUCUGUGCUGAUAUGAUGCUACACAUUCGCAAGAAGCAGCUUAAGGCAAUUCAACUCUCAUUGAGAAAGAGAAGGAUUUUUUUUCCCUUUCUAAUGUAAAAUGGGAAGAUUGUGGCCAGUUUGACACUGCAAGGAUGGAGUUUUACCUUCAUCUAAUUCAGCACAUCAAAUAUUCCAAGCCCUGUCAGCUAUCAAGUUACUUGAGUUUAUGAUUCUGGUACUGUUAUGGCUUGAUGGGAUCUUAUGUCUACAAUGCUCAAUGAUUAAGUUUCGGCUCUCUUCAUUUCAAUAUAUUUUCCCAAGAAACACAACUCUAUAACAUGAAAUCUCUUUCUUUUAUUUCACUUGUUCGGUUUACAACGGUUGUAUAGUUUUCACUUUCCAGGCCGAUUUCCAAGAACUGUAGAAUUACCACAA